AUGGAGGAUGGCGAAUAUGUCUUGCUAUAUCCGGAUGGCUCUCAAGUUAAAAAUAUACCAGGGACUGACACACCUUUUACGAUCGAAAAAUAUAAAGAGGCCAUUGGAAAGCCGUACCAAAGGCUCACACUUUAUAUCUGCACCCUUGAGGUCAUGAGUCACAGAAAUGACUCAGAUUCAGAGGACGAGGCGGAUGAUGAAGUUGUGGUGAGGGUGCCACCCAAUAUGUCGCCUCUUUCGGACACAGUGCUAUGGGAAAGCCUUGAAAGCAGCACACCGGAUUUGAGAUCGACAACAUCCCAGUCAAGCAGUGGACAAACCAAGAGUGAGUCAAGGCCCAAGCAGAUGACUACCUCAGUAGAUCAGCCCAGCACUUCAAGAGAAUUCUACAAUACAUACACAGAUAUAUAUGCACCUGUUGUAAUUGAGAGCAGUUCCUCAGAUUCUGGGGAAGAGGAGAAGUUCCAAGAGGAUCACAGUGAUGGACUGACAGCUGCAGACGUGGUCCUAAAUCUGUCACAGAAACUUGACACAAAGUCCUGUAGCAGAUUUAAUAUAAACCGGUCCAAUGUCUGGGAUGGUGCCAUUAGAGGGUUCAAGCGAUCCUCGUAUGACCCUAGCUACACUCUAAUGGUGAAAUUCACGGAUGAUGUAGGGUUGACCGAAGACGCUGUGGACACCGCUGUAGAAGAGGAUGAAUACUUCCAGAUAGGAAGAAUGAUUGCCGUCUCCUGUGUCAAUGAUGGUCCAGGGCCUCGUUGUCUUUCCCCAAACCUCUUCCUCUACCUCAUUGAUAAAGAGCACAACAUCACUUAG